GGCAAGCCUUUCCCGGGAAAGGAGGCGACAAUUCCGCAUUGCGGUGGCUGACGCGUAGCUGAUUCUCGUGUAGGGAUGGGAAUCAAAGGUCUUUGGGAUCUGGUGGCCCCGUCGGGCCGUCGUGUCAACCUGGAGGCGCUGUCCGGCUCCACUUUGGCCAUCGAUGCGUCCAUCUGGCUGGUGCAGUUCCUCAAGGCCAUGCGCGACAGCGACGGCAACAUGGUCCGCAGCGCCCACCUGGUCGGCUUCUUCCGGCGCAUAUGCAAGCUGCUCUUCUACCAGAUCAAGCCCGUCUUUGUGUUCGACGGCCCGCCGCCGGAGCUCAAGCGCCGCACACUGGCGCAGCGUCGCCGGCUGCGCGAGCAGCAGGAGGCCAACCUGAAGAAGACGGCGGAGAAGCUGCUGCUCAACAAGAUGAAGUCCUACGCCCUCGACCAGAUCGAGGCCAAGAGGAAGGCCAAGAGGGCCAAUAAGGGCAAGGGCAAGGACAAGGGCAGCAGGGCGCGGGCGGCCUCACAGAACCAGCAGGAAGAAGAAGAUGAGAACCACAGACAUGAUGAUGGCGAGAAUCGCGAGAACGACAAAGACGAUGGUGCCGAAGGCAGGCAGCAGCGAGCCGCCAGCCCACCAGCAGCAGCGGCCGCUGCCGCGGCGGCGGCAGCAGCAGCACCAGCAGCUGCAGGGGGGCCAUCCUCACCGAUUGAUCUGCUAGAUAGCGACGAGGGGGAGCGCCAGAAGAGAGCUGCCGCCGAGGAGCUGUUUGGUGAUGACGACAGCGACGUGCAGAUGUGGGAGAAGGAAGAUGGUGGUGAAGAGGAUGGCGAGCAGGAGGGAGAUGACGCCGACCCCAUGGGCUACCGGGCGAGGCGACGCGCAUACUACAACUCCAUCCCCAACGAGUUCAGGUGCGUGCGGACCACACACACACACUUUUAGACAGUGUGUCCAUACCCAUCGUCCUGUCUGUCUGUCUGUCUGGCUGGCUGGCUGGCUGGCUGCGUGUGUGUGUGUGUGUGUGUGUGUGUGUGACAUAGGGGGUUUCUGGCGGAGCGUCGUCGUCUGGAUGACCUGCAGGUGGGCGAGUCGGCCAUGACCAGCAUCCUCUCCAUGCCCGGAUCAGCCACCGUCAAGAAGCGACAAGAUGCGCUCUUCGGCGGGCCCAGCAACAACCCCGCACGCAGGGGCGGCGGGGAGUCGCCAUCUGCUAGUGCUAGUGCGCCGGCUACUGCUGCUGCUGCCGCUGCGGCCGGCGGCUCAUUUGACGACGAUACACAUGUUUUCAGGGACGCAGAGGACUUCAAAAGUGAGCACGCGGAGAGGAGAGGAUGGACAUGGCUGCUUGUAUGGCCGAUGUGACGUUCGGGUGUGGUGUGUGUAGGUUAUCAUGUGUCUGGCGAGAACGGAGAGGACGUGGCCAUCACUCUGCCGCUCGAUGCCGAGAUCGACCCAGAAGUGUUCGAAACGCUGCCGGCAAAAGUGCAGUACCAGGUCAGCCAGACCGACACACACGCACACCCCUGUCUGUACGUCCAUCUCCCUCGAGGUCUCUGUGUGUGCGUCAUCCAUCCAUUCACUCGUCAGAUCCUGAAUCAGUUGCGUGACGCUUGGAUGAACGAGAGCCGUCUCAAGGCGGUGCAGGCCAAGGACGACCUGCAGGUGUUCAGCAACGUGCAGCUCGAGAGCUACAUGCGAUCCAUCCGCACCAACAAGGAGAUCGACACGGUCAAGGUCGCCAUGGCCGAGGACGUCCGCAAAGACGAAAAGGAGAUGGGCGGCGACGCCACCUCACAGGCAAGCAGCCACACCACACACACGGCGACACACGUGGCUAUACACGUGUGUGUGGGGGUGUUGGGGGGCACAGGUGUACAUCAAUGGUCCGGUGGAGGUGGACAAGGGCGGCCCGUCCAAGGGGCCGAAUUGGAACCCGACGGCCGGGGGGUGGAAGAGCCGAAAUGCAUACUGGGCGCAGCAGCAGAAGAAACCGACGCCCGGUAGGUAACACCCAGCCACCCAUCAGACACAACACACAACACACAAAAGAAGUGUGUCUAUCCCGUCCCGCGUCCGUUCAUCCAGAUCUGUUUGGUCUGGGCGAGUCGGCUGCUGACGACGGGUUUGACGAGUACAAGGACGGAAGAGACAGCAAGGAGGGCGAUGCCCACCACCCCAAGAAGAAGCGCCGCAAGCACCGCUACAACCCCGAGCACUUCUCCCACCUCCCCUCUCUCAAGAACACCGACCUCACACGCAAGGACCUCUUCACCGUCAAUGAAGACGACUUCGACGGACCGCAGCUGUCAGACCGCAGGAAGAAGCGGCCAAAGUCUGAGAGAGACCAGGCGCGUCUCCCCGGCCCCUCCCUGCCGUCCUUCUCUCCCGGCAAGACCUCGCGCGUGCCCGAGGCGGCCGAUGAAGACAUUCUGGAGUGUGAGGCCGGUGAUGCUCAUGAGGCGCCAAAUGGUGGUUUAGUGGUGGAGGAAGAUGAUGCGUCAGAGGGCCUGCCGGAUGGCUUGGGUGGCAUGGAUGUGGAAGACGAUGUGCUGGACCUCCUGGGCGAUAAGUUCUUCGACCAUGCUGAGGCGGACGAGCCACCAGAGCCCCCUCAUGACGAUGAGGCCGAGGCACCCGCAGCCCCACCAGCCGCUGACGCCGUUGAGCCGGCCAGUCCCUCGUCUAGCGAGGAGGAGGGCCGCCGCCCACAGCCGCCCGACACUGUCGACCUGACAGAGGACGCGCACGAGCCGCCACCCCCUCCCCCGCCUCCACCACCUCUCCCCAUCCCUCCGCUGGUCGUCGACCUCGACGAAGAAGAUGACUUGCCACCGCAGCAUGAGGUUCCUGCUGGUGUGGCUGCCGCUUCUAGGCCGGAAGCAGCCGAUCGACGCGACCACUCACCCCUCCGUCUGCUGUCGGCAUUUACACUCAAGCGGAAGCGGCCACCAACGCAUGAGGACCGGGAGAGCGGCGACUACGCCAACGAGCCGCAGCCAGUGGAGGUGCGCGGGGCGGACGGCGGUGUGUCGACGUCGCUGGGCGAGAGGGGUGGAGAUGAAGACGAGGAGGACUUGGUCGAGUGGGAAGAUGCAGAGGAAGAAGACCAACAGCAGGCCGAGCCGCCACUCGCCGAGCCCGCACCAGUACGUCAGCUGGCGGACGUGGCCGUGCCGGUGGUGGCUGUGGACAGGGAGCCGCCGGCGCAGCCACAAGCCGAGAACGCCGUGGCCAUGGAUGUGGAGGACCUGACGCUCGACGAGGAUGAUGCACGCUCAGCCCCACCACCACCACCAGCAGCAGCCAACGCUCCCCCGCCAGAGGCCCCGCGACAGCAACGAGAGGAGGAGCCCGUGAUCAUCCAACCUCCCCCUAUCCCUCCCGCACCUGCCGCAGGGGCCCCCCAAGCCGCAGAGAAGCAGCAGCAGGACACCGAGCAAGAGCAACAGCCCCCUCCCUCCCGCGAGGCUUCACCGGCCGAGCACUCUUCGCCGGCGGCCAGCGAGGAGGCCCCACCAGCCGCAGCGGCUGCAGCAGCUGCGGCAGCGGGUGGUGAUGCAGAGGACAGCAAGGGCCAGGCGGAUGACCCGUUUGCUGACAUCGACGAUUCGAUCUUCGACGAUUUGGAUUUCGUGAUGCCAUCGCCGAGGAAUGCAGGGGCAGCUGCAGGGGCCACGGGGGGUGGGCAGAGAGGGGGGCAGCGGGGCCGGGCGGCGCAAGUCAAUUUGGAGGAGCUGCGCGAACGACUGGUGAGUCAGUCAGUGAUGGAGCAGAGGUGGAUGGUUGAUUGACUUACGUGUCUUUGUGUGUGUGUCUGUCUCGUGUAGGAGGAGGAGCAGGUGGAGUUGAUGGGCGACUUGCAGAAGCAGAAGGCGCAGUCUGAGCACGUCACGCCAGAGAUGCAGGAGCAGGUCAGUCAGUCAAUACAGUACUUGGGUGGGUCGGCACGUCAAUCAACCAGAAAAGGCAAACAAACGGACCACCAACCCAAUGACCAUUUUCAGGUUCGUGAUUUGUUGCGUGCUUUUGGGAUCCCGUGGGUGGAUGCCCCCGCCGAGGCCGAGGCACAGGCGGCCGUCCUCAACGAGCUCGACCUGGUCGACGCAGUGGUCUCCGAUGACUCAGACGCUCUCGCGUUCGGAGCCAAGAAGGUAUGGGCACACACACAUGCAUGCCUGCCUGCUCAUCCCCGUGUGCGUGUCGUUUCUUCCACCCGUCCGUCAGGUGUACCGCAAUUUCUUCGACAGCCGCAAGACGGUGGAGAUGUACGAGACCGGGCUGAUGCAACGGCGGCUGGGCUGCGGCAAGGAGGAGCUCAUCCUACUGGCCAUCCUUCUGGGGUGCGACUACACACUCGGCGUGCGGGGCAUCGGUAUUGUCAACGCGCUCGAGGCCAUCAAGGCCUUCAAGUCGUUUGAGGGGCUCAGGAAGCUCCACGGAUGGGCCGCUGACAUCGCCAGGCUCACGUAAGUUGAGGGAGGGAGAGAGGAUGGAGGACGGAAGGGAGGGAGAGCCGUUCACUCACCGUCUUCUGUUCUCCUCUUUCUUUGUGUGUGGUGUGUCAGUUCUACCGGUGUGGACCCCGAUGACGACGAACCGAUGCGCUACUACAAAAUCAACCACAAGAAGUACAGAAACCACUGGUGAGUGAGUGAGCAACGGACGCAUCUGCCCCUCCAUCCAUCCAUCCAUUUGCCUCUCUCUCUCUCUCUCUCCCUCUCUCUCAGGAGCUUCCCUGCUGACUUUCCGAGCGAGGCCGUGUGGGAUGCCUUCGAGACGCCCCAGGUGGACCGCAGCGCCGAGCCCUUCAGCUGGUCCCCACCCCACGUCGACUCGAUCAUCCAGCUCCUCACCACACACGCCGGCAUGGGCGCCGACGACAUCCAGCAGCAGCUCGACCCGGUGAUGUACUCGCUCAACCAGCCGAGGGUGCAGACGACCCUGCAGCGGUACGGCUUCACGGUGCAGGUGGGCGACAGCUCGGCCUACCUCCGCCACGCCAAUGUGGGCGGUGGGGACGACACCGUGGCCGUCAUCCGGUCCAAGCGGAUGGGCAAGGCCGUGCAGACGCUGCGGGACCAGCAGAGGAUCAAGAAGAACAAACGGGACAGGCAGAAGAAAAAGAAGGAAGGUGGCACCAUCCAAGAGGCCUUUAACAAGGUAGGUAGGUACAUACCUACCGACAGACACCUAGCAGAAGAAAAGAUCUAAGUGUUCGUCUAUCGGUUCAUUGCCACCUGUAUCGCAUCCAUGGUGGGCUGCCUGACUGAUGCGUUCUUUCAGGCGUCAUCUUCGAGUGCUGCUGCUGCUGCCGCGGCUGCUACGCCAGCACAGGACGAGGAAGGGGCGACCAGUGCUGCAGCAGCAGCAGCAGCUGCUGCAAGUGGUGGUGGUAGUGGUGCCGACGACGCAAAGAGGGAGGCCGAUGCGGUGGAGUUGCAGCGUGAGCUAGAGAUGCUGGGGAUAUCUCCCGAGGAGCAGAUGGAGAUCAUACGGACACAGCAGGGGCUCUCGUGACACAGACAGACAGACGGACAGCCAUACAUCGAGACCAGAUGCAUUCCGUCAUUGUGGUGUACGUGUACAUCCGUCGUAUGACUGACUGACUGACUGACAGGC